AGGACUAUGACUAUGUCUAGUUACAAAAAUAAUGCAUCUGGCAACAAAGCAAGACCACAAAUUUGGCUGCUUGUUUGAAUUUGUCUGGCACUUCCGGUAUAAGACAUUCUUUCAUUUCUCAUCCUAGCAACCGCGAUAACAGUUAUCUAAAAAUGGCUGCUGAAGUAGAAGAAACUUUGAAGAGAAUCCAGUCUCACAGAGGUGUGACAGGGACAAUUGUUGUCAACAGUGAAGGCAUACCUAUAAAGACUACACUGGACAACUCCACAACUGUGCAAUAUGCUAGCCUCAUCCACAGUUUGACAGCGAAGGCGCGAAGUACAGUCAGGGAUAUUGACCCUUCAAAUGAUCUCAAGUUUUUGCGAAUUCGUUCCCGUAAGAAUGAGAUCAUGUGCGCACCUGAUAAGGAGUUCCUUCUUAUAGUGAUACAGCAAGAUGAACAGUCUUAACAGAAGUAUCAUGUCAAACUUUCAGUCAGCAAACAUGCUUCCAGAAAUGCCAUCAAACUUUUUUUUGUCUUAUUUGACAUAUACAUUGAUUUGAUAUUUGAGAAAUCAUGCACUCAACAAUUAAAUAAUAGCUACAAGUUUGUCAAUUGUUUCAGAUUGCUAAAAUAUUUUCCAGCUAAUCUUUGGUACACACUAGUUUUAAAAUGCUCCACAUGAGUUUUAUUUAUUGUCUUUCUAUUGUAAUUUAGACAAAUCAAAAGUAAACACUUGUUAUUUAUUUUAAUUUUCUGUCUUUUCUUUUUUAUUUACUUAUUUUUAAUUGAACUUAAAAGUAAUAGCCAAAAAUAACUUAUUAUAUGGAAGUAAUCCUGGUGUACAUGCUUGAUAGUUAAGCCUUGGUUACAUGUUUUUAAGAGUUUUUUUUUUCUUUUUUUUUUUUGGUAAUUAAUAAUGUCAUAGAAAUAAACCUUUUCUUUUCACACAUA